AUGGAGGCCUUCAAACCUGAUACUAUUCGCAAUGGAUUUGCGGCUUCAUGUUUAGUGUCUCUUGAUCUCCAGCUUGUCUUUCAAAAACUUAAUUCCGGCGAAGACUCCAACGCCACCAGGCAGUUCAUAAUGAUCCUCAGAUUCAAAAUACACACCAUAAUCCUCGACAGUUGCAACGCAAGGCGAGAUCGCCUUGAGAGACUAGUACAUGACUCCCUGCCUCUAGCGCAAGAAAAUGUCGACUUACGUACGGGUUUCGCACAAGAAUACCUCAAGCGAAAGCGAUCCACGAAGAAAAUUGUUCAUCAAGGCUCUCUAAAUGCAGAGGAAGCUCGAGGGUUUAUUGCAAUGCCGUUACGGGUUCCUUCAAUCGCUAGAACCGCGGUAUCUGGAGAGGCAAAAUUUUGGGGCGGUGUCCAGAUGACCCGUGGAGUAUGUUAUCUGAGGGAGUGGGCCUCAGGCAGCCACCGCAGUGAAGUUGGUCCGGGAGUGGAUCUUGGGGUGUCGGAAGCGUCCGUUCCUCAUCAUUGCGAACAUCGUGCAAAUACUCCGCGUGGCACAAACCAAUCGGGGAUGCUUACUAGUGUUGUGCUGGGGAACCGGCUUAGUUACUAUUCCCUACCUGGUCAUGUACUGCACGCUUUGCGCGGGGAAGCAUGCCUAAACCAUCGGGGAGGUCGCCGAGCCGAAACGGAUAGUACGUGCGUAGUAACAAAGGGGAAAGAGAAUAGCUUGAGCACGCAUGAGAGCCUUGAAGACGCGGAUAAUCUUGACAAGACGGCCAUCAGAAAACUAGUGUGGAAGCAGGAUCUACGCAUCGUUCCAUUGUCUGCAUUUAUCUAUCUACUGUGUUACUUGGAUAGGUCGAAUAUUGGGAAUGCAAAAAUUCUGAACUCAGAUACACAUAAUGACCUGCUAACCGAGACCCAUAUGACAAACUAUCAAUAUACUGUUGCCUUGAUGGUCUUCUUGAUCGCCUAUGCGCUAUUCGAAGUUCCUUCGAAUUAUCUGCUGAAAAAGCUGAGACCUAGCCGAUGGAUUGCCUUUCUGAUGCUGUCAUGGGGUGCGAUAACUAUGGGCUUAGGAGGUGCUAAAAACAACGCUCAGGUCACCGGAAUCCGCUUCAUACUCGGUGUCUUCGAGGCAGUCUCCGAGAGAUCAAUUAGAGUCGCUCUUAUUCUUGCAUCCGCAACUCUUGCGGGAGCAUUUGGCGGCGCAAUAGCCUACGGAGUGGGCCAUUUAAAUCAGUCACAUGGACUCUCUGCCUGGAGAUGGCUCUUCAUCAUUGAAGGCGCCCCGUCUUGCUUUUCCGCUCUUCUUAUAUUCUUCUUACUCCCAGACUAUCCGGAAACGUCACAUUGGCUUAGUGCCCAGGAGAAGGACCUAGCGAAAAGGAGAUUACGUGUUGAAGGUUCGCAAGGGCACGCCAAGGGGAUGACAUGGGAGGAUGCGAAAAGUGUGCUGACUGAGUGGCGCCUUUAUGCACACUAUGCUGUCUAUUUUGGCAUUUCGACCCCGUUCUCGAGCUUAUCAUUGUUUACACCAUCUAUCACUGCUGGUUUGGGGUACGAGGGUUUGAGAGCCCAGCUCAUGACGGUACCGCCGUAUGCGGUGGCGUACGUUGUUACGAUAGCUGUGGCAGGUUCGGCUGACUACUUUAAUGCUCGUGGUAUUCACUCUGCUAUAUUUUCUUUCAUCGGGGCUAUGGGCUUCCUUGCCUCAGCUGUUCUACCCCCAGACGCUUAUCAGCAUCGCUAUGGCUGUCUCAUUGUCGCUGCCAGUGGUUCCUUCUCAUGUAUCCCUCCAUUGCUCGGAUGGCUCUCCUCCAACCUAAACACUACUGCUUCUGCCGGUCUUGCGAUUGCUCUCAACAUCUCUUUUGGCGCACCGGGCCAAAUCGCUGGGGUAUGGAUAUACAAGUCGAGCGAAGCCAAAAAGGGAUACCCAACUGGUCACUGGACAAAUGCCGGGCUAUUACUUUUUGUAACUGUAGGAUGCAUCUUGCUCCAGAUUUACUACAUGUAUAUGAACAAGCGUCUACGGAGACUGCCUGGGUCGAAGUUAUACGCAUAUUAAUAUGGCAAUGUCGAUUCGGAGAUUGCCAUA